UUCGCCGGCCAGUCUCGCCUUGUGCCUCUCCAUCUCGGGUCCUCGCCGCCUUCGCCGACGCCGCCAUGGAGCUAGAGGACAUGUCGCCCCUGAAGCCUGUGAACGUGAACACCCAGCUCGGCAAAAUCAAGAAGGAUGAAGCAGCGAAGAAAAGGCUGUCAGUGGAGAGGAUUUACCAGAAGAAAACCCAACUGGAGCACAUUCUGCUCCGCCCAGAUACAUACAUCGGCUCCGUGGAGCUGCUGACCCAGCAAAUGUGGGUCUUUGAUGAAGAUGCUGGACUCAAUUGCAGGGAUGUGACUUUUGUUCCCGGAUUGUAUAAAAUCUUUGAUGAAAUUCUGGUCAACGCAGCAGAUAACAAGCAAAGGGACAAUAAAAUGUCUUGCAUAAAGGUCAACAUCGAUCCGGAGAACAAUACAAUCAGCGUGUGGAACAAUGGGAAAGGCAUCCCUGUGGUUGAACACAAAGUGGAGAAAGUCUAUGUCCCUGCUCUCAUCUUUGGACAGCUCCUGACUUCCAGCAACUAUGACGACGACGAAAAGAAAGUUACAGGGGGUCGGAAUGGUUAUGGAGCCAAGCUCUGCAACAUAUUUAGUACCAAGUUCACGGUGGAAACUGCUUCUAGGGAAUUCAGGAAACUGUUCAAGCAGACCUGGACAGACAACAUGGGAAAAGCAGGCGAGAUGAAGCUCAAGCCCUUUGAUGGGGAAGAUUAUACCUGCAUCACCUUCCAGCCAGACCUGGCGAAGUUUAAGAUGACAAGCCUGGACAAGGAUAUUGUGGCUCUCAUGUCGCGGAGGGCCUAUGAUAUCGCCGGAUCCACCAAAGACGUCAAAGUCUUUCUUAACGGGAAGAGGCUGCCCGUGAAAGGAUUUCGAGGCUACGUUGACCUGUACGUAAAGGACAAGGUGGACGAGACCGGCAACCCCUUGAAAGUCAUCCACGAAGAAGUGAACAGCCGCUGGGAGGUGUGCUUGACCAUGAGCGAGAAAGGGUUUCAGCAAGUCAGCUUUGUCAACAGCAUUGCCACCUCCAAGGGAGGCAGACACGUCGAUUACGUGGCUGACCAGAUUAUAAGCAAACUUAUUGAAGUUGUAAAAAAAAAGAACAAAGGCGGCGUGGCUGUGAAACCCCAUCAGGUGAAAAAUCAUAUGUGGAUUUUUGUGAAUUCCUUGAUCGAAAACCCCACCUUUGACUCCCAGACCAAGGAGAACAUGACUCUUCAGGCUAAGAGCUUUGGCUCCAGGUGCCAGUUGAGUGAAAAAUUCAUCAAAGCGGCCACCAACUGUGGCGUGGUGGAGAGCAUCCUAAACUGGGUGAAGUUCAAAGCCCAAAUCCAACUGAACAAGAAGUGUUCGGCCGUGAAGCACAACAGGAUCAAGGGUAUCCCCAAACUAGACGACGCUAACGAUGCAGGCAGCAAGAACUCCACCGACUGCACGCUUAUCCUGACGGAGGGAGACUCGGCCAAAACGCUGGCCGUCUCUGGCCUCGGCGUGGUCGGGAGAGACAAGUACGGAGUCUUCCCAUUACGUGGGAAAAUGCUCAACGUUCGGGAAGCGUCUCACAAACAGAUCAUGGAAAAUGCAGAAAUUAAUAAUAUCAUUAAGAUUGUGGGUCUUCAGUACAAGAAGAAUUAUGACGAUCAGGAUUCACUGAAUAGUCUCCGCUACGGAAAGAUCAUGAUCAUGACAGAUCAGGAUCAGGAUGGCUCCCAUAUCAAAGGCCUGUUGAUCAAUUUCAUCCAUCACAACUGGCCCUCGCUUUUGCGGCAUCGCUUUCUGGAGGAGUUCAUCACUCCCAUCGUAAAGGUUUCCAGAAACAAGCAGGAGAUGUCAUUCUACAGUCUUCCUGAAUUUGAAGAGUGGAAGAACUCCACUGGCGAUCACAAAAAAUGGAAAGUCAAGUACUACAAAGGUCUGGGAACCAGCACAUCCAAAGAGGCUAAGGAAUACUUUUCCGAUAUGGCAAGGCAUCGGAUCCAGUUCAAAUAUUCCGGGCCCGAAGAUGAUGCUGCGAUCUCCCUGGCCUUUAGCAAGAAGCAGAUCGACGAUCGGAAGGAAUGGCUGACUCAUUUCAUGGAGGACAGAAGGCAGCGAAAGUUGCACGGCCUGCCCGAGGAUUAUUUGUACGGCAAAGCCACCAAUUACCUGACCUACAAUGACUUCAUCAACAAGGAACUGAUCCUGUUCUCCAACUCCGACAACGAGCGGUCCAUCCCGUCCAUGGUAGACGGUCUGAAACCAGGCCAGAGGAAAGUUCUGUUCACGUGUUUCAGAAGGAAUGACAAGCGGGAGGUGAAGGUUGCCCAGCUGGCCGGGUCAGUGGCUGAAAUGUCGUCUUACCACCACGGCGAGAUGUCGCUAAUGAUGACCAUUAUUAAUUUGGCGCAAAACUUUGUGGGCAGCAACAACGUCAACCUCUUACAGCCCAUCGGGCAGUUUGGCACCCGGCUCCACGGGGGCAAAGAUUCUGCCAGCCCCCGAUACAUCUUCACCAUGCUCAGCCCCUUGGCCCGGCUGCUGUUCCCCGUGAAGGAUGACAACACGCUCAAGUUCCUCUACGACGACAACCAGCGGGUAGAGCCGGAGUGGUACAUCCCCAUCGUGCCCAUGGUCCUGGUCAACGGGGCGGAGGGCAUCGGCACCGGCUGGUCGUGUAAGCUCCCCAACUACGACGUCCGCGAGGUCGUGAACAACAUCAGGCGCAUGAUGGAUGGCGAGGAGCCUCUGCCAAUGCUGCCGAGCUACAAGAACUUCAAGGGGACCAUCGACGAGCUGGCCCCCAACCAGUACGUGAUCAACGGGGAGGUGUCCAUCCUCGACUCCACCACCAUCGAGAUCUCCGAGCUCCCAGUCAGGACCUGGACGCAGGUGUACAAGGAACAGGUGUUGGAGCCCAUGCUGACGGGCACGGAGAAGACCCCGGCGCUCAUCCUGGACUACAGGGAGUACCACACCGACACCACCGUCAAGUUCAUCAUCAAGAUGACGGAGCAGAAGCUGGCAGAGGCCGAGGCCGCGGGGCUGCACAAAGUGUUUAAGCUUCAGACGAACCUCACGUGCAACUCUAUGGUGCUUUUCGACCACGUCGGGUGCCUGAAGAAAUACGACACGGCCCUGGACAUCCUGAGAGACUUUUUCGAGCUGCGGCUUAAAUACUACGGGCUAAGGAAAGAGUGGCUCGUCGGGAUGCUGGGGGCCGAGUCCGCCAGGCUGAAUAACCAGGCUCGCUUCAUCCUGGAGAAGAUCGAGGGCAAAAUCGUCAUCGAAAACAAACCGAAGAAGGAGUUAAUAAAGGUCCUGAUCCAGCGGGGCUACGACUCCGAUCCCGUCAAGGCCUGGAAGGAAGCGCAGCAGAAGGGUUCAAGUGAGGAGGAGAACGAAGACAGCGAGACUGAGAAGGAGGCUGAGAAGAGCGAACCCACUUCAGCCGCCGGGCCAGACUUCAACUACCUGCUCGAGAUGCCGCUCUGGUACCUGACCAAGGAGAAGAAAGACGAGCUGUGUCGGCAAAGAGAUAACAAGACCCAAGAACUGGAGACCCUCAAGAGGAAGAGCCCCGCGGACCUGUGGAAGGAAGACCUGGCGGCUUUCAUCGAAGAACUGGAGGCGGUCGAGACCAGAGAGAAGCAGGAUGAGCAAGCCGGGCUCGCGGGCAAGGCCACCAAGGGAGGGAAGCUGAAGGUGAAGAAGACCCAGCUGGCGGAAAUCCUGCCGUCUCCCCAUGGCAGGAGAGUUAUUCCUCGAGUGACCGUUGAGAUGAAAGCGGAGGCAGAAAAGAAAAUCAAAAAGAAGGUUAAGUCCGAGACCAGCGCCGGCAGCUCCCCGGAAGACAAGGAGCCCAUGAGCCUCAAGCAGAGAUUGGAGAAGAAAUUGAAAUCGGACACAGGCCCCAAAGCAAAGAAGCAGAGCACGCUGCCGUUAAAACCAGUCAAAAAGGAGAAGAAGAGGAACCCUUGGUCAGACUCGGAGUCCGACCUGAGCUGUGACGACAGUGACGUCGACGUGGCGCCAAGGGAAGCCAAGCCGCGCAGAGCCGCAGCCAAAUCCAAAUACACAGUUGAUCUGAGUUCGGACUCGGACAGCUCGGAUUCCGGCGGAAAAGACUCCACAGCCGAGGAAGAGGACUUCAUCCCCUCCAAAGUCACCUCCUCAAGAGUGGCCAUUUCGAGGACGAAGGCUGACCCAGGGGGACACCAAGAGAAGGUGGCUGAUGAGGACCACGAGCGCCAACAAACUGCCAAAUCAAUCGAAAUCCAGAACUCCGACACCUCUGAUGAAGAAGGCCCGGUCUCAGCGGCUCGGGACCCUCCCACCCGCGACCCGUCUCCCGGCCCCGUGAUCCCGAGCCCGCCGCCUAAGAAGCCGGCCCCUGCCCGGGGGAAGAAAACCACCGCUGCCGCCGCCGGAGCCAAGGGCGCGGUUGCCCCCGCCGGGACGAAGAAGGCAGCGGCCCCGAGGACCACCAAGGCCGCCGCGGCCAAGAAGGCGGGCUCGGACAGCGGGGCGGCCGCGGGCCCCAAGAAGGCCGCCCCCGCCAAAGAGAAGCAGCAGCGCAAGAGGAAGCCCGUCCCCGAAGACUCAGACGACUCGGACUUCGGAAAGAAAGUUUUCAAAUCUGUGGCCACCAAGAAAGCCAAAGUGGACGACGACGACGACGACGAUUUCCGGAUCGAAACUGCCCCCGUUGCCCCCCGGGCCCGGCCCGGCCGCGCCAAGAAGCCUAUCCAGUACCUCGAGGAGUCCGACGACGACAUAUUUUAGGUAGCGGGCUUGUUUUUAAAAGUCUCGGAGCCCGAGACUGGUUUUGAAUUAAAAUGGUUCUCCCAAGAGUUCUUAAUUCCCCCCCGUCCCCCGAUUGCAGCAUAGGUUUUAUUCUAGAUGUAUUUUAUCAGGUUAAGAAUAGGGUUCAGUUUAGCCGCCGGGAAGUACCGAUUGAGCGCUCUGCCUUGCCCCCGCAAAGGAAUCGACCCUUUCCAUCCAGAGGGGCCGGCGAUCUCUAAUGAACUGGCCGAGCGACACUUUGAGUCUCGGUUCCAUUGCACUUGAAUGGGAUUUUUACCCCUUCCCGUGGUUGACUUGCUCCCCUCCCUCCCCACCCCGGCAAGGGAUGGGUUCCAAAAGCGCGGGCCCCGGGAGCCCCCGGCGUACGAGGUUUGGUUUUAAGCACUUAAGACCUUAAACUACUUAAGUUUUAAGCUCCAAAAGCACGGACCCCGGGAGCCCUCUGCGUGCGAGGUUCGGUUUUAAGACCUUAAACUACUUAACUUUUAAGCAAGUCCAGUUUCAGCUAAUGGGCAGCACCUUUUAGGCUUUCCAAAUCCCGGCCGUCGGGCCUUCCAAACCUCCCGUCCCUUGUCGUGCCCCCGUGCCAUUCCCGUUUCCACGGAGCCUUGGCUCGUCCCCGUCCCGCCGCCGAAGGGCAACCCGGGUGCCCGGGCGGAGUAGGAGCUUCUCAGGCAGCUGGCAUCUCGAGCCAAACCGUAUCCCCCGGUUUGGCGUUCAAAUCCCCCGGCUCACCGUGUACAAAGUGUCCGUGUAGUCGUGGCGUCCUGUGAAUGUCUGUAAAUAUUUGCUGUGUUUCCCGGUUGUCCGUUCAUUAGGAAAAAAAAAAAAGAAUUCUGUUUUGGUUUUUUUUUACAAGAAUAAAGAAGU